AUGGACAAACUCCACAAGGGAUGGUUCACCGAGUUCUCUCCAGAUGAUCUGGAGAAGAUGAAUUCAAGUGGAGAAUCCCAGGAAUCAUCGUCAAAACUUCUAAAGUCAGAUGGACAAGAGAUGGGCGGUGCAUGGCCAGGACAAGCGUUCUCACUUCAAGUGAAGAAGGUGUUGUACCAUGAGAAGAGCAAGUAUCAGGAUGUGCUCGUUUUUGAGAGCACUACCUACGGAAAUGUUCUUGUCCUCGACGGGAUCGUUCAAGCUACUGAAAGAGAUGAGUUCUCUUACCAAGAAAUGUUGGCUCAUCUCCCACUUUUUGCUCAUCCAAACCCCAAGAGAGUUCUAAUCAUUGGUGGAGGAGACGGUGGAAUUCUCAGAGAAGUCUUGAAACACGAAACUGUUGAGAAAGUGACAAUGUGCGAGAUCGAUGAGAUGGUUAUUGAUGUUGCCAAAAAAUUCCUUCCCGGAAUGUCGUGUGGCUUCUCACAUGAAAAACUCGAUCUCUACUGUGGUGAUGGAUUCGAAUUUUUGAAGAAUCACAAGAAUGAGUUCGACGUCAUCAUUACUGACAGCUCGGAUCCGGUUGGACCGGCAGAAUCUCUCUUUGGACAGAGCUAUUAUGAGCUUUUGAGAGAUGCUCUCAAGGAAGACGGAAUUUUGUCGUCGCAAGGCGAGUGUCCAUGGCUUGACCUGAAACUCAUCUCCACCGUAAUCCGUUCCGCCCGUGAGCUAUUCCCAGUGUCAAAGUAUGCAGUUGGCAGUGUGCCAACAUAUACAUCUGGGUUGAUGGGAUAUAUUGUAUGCGCGAAAGAUAAGGUGAUAUAUGCAUGGCUACUUAUUGGUUGUAUUGGUGCUAACAAAAUUGAUAAUGGAAUGCCCUAUACUGUGGAAUAUCGUAAUCUUGUGUUUGUACCGUGCUAUUCAAUUUCAGGAGAAUCCGUGUGGCUUCACCUUCCACUAAUCGCACAUUUGGUGGCAUUCAACAGAAAGAUUUUCCCAACGGUCAACUAUGCUCAGUCAAUCGUCUCAACCUAUCCUUCAGGAAGCAUGGGAUACUUGAUUUGUGCUAAGAGUGAAAACCGCGAUGUCUCCACUCCAGCUCGUGUGCUGACUGACGAUCAAGUCAAAUCUCUCAACUUGAGAUUCUACAAUUCGGAAGUCCACAAAGCCGCCUUUGUGCUUCCCCAGUUCGUCCGAAACGCUUUGGAGGAGAAGAAAUAA